AUGUUGAAACAAUACAAAUUUCAAAAAGUACAAUAUUCACAUGCAAAAAAUAUGUUACCCGCCACAGACAACCAAAACACAAAAAAAAGCAACAAAGAGAUAGACAGUCCAGUCCAGUCCAGUCCAGUCCUCUCUGAUCUCAUUGUAACGUUACUUCUUAGCCAACCACACGACACCACACUUAACGUAUGUGGGAAUAUACCUGCACCUGCACUUUCACCUCUCAGUCUGGUGGAAACGCCUCCGUCGCUCUAUCAUCUGGCCCCAGGUAACCGACCUGACGUCAAUCUGUUGUUUGGUUUUGUCCACAGGGAUUCAGGAAGCAUACACCCAGACAAUCCCACUGACCAAAGCAACGGAAAAGUUCAACAACCACCCAAACCAACGAUCCAACCAACCAGUUUUCUGUUUUUUCCGUUUUGCUUGGCUGGAAAAAUUAGCUCAAGUGAAAGCAAGCACCAAUGCAUGUCAAUGCCAAUACAUACAUACAUUCGCCUUACUAUCAUCUCUUCUCUGUGUGACAAGUGCGUGUUUGCUACACUCUGCCAAACUCGUAAUGGUAUUAAAAACAAUCAGGGUAACCUCCGGAGUUCAACAAAAACACCAACAGUUGCAUCUACACUACAAACUGCAACUUGUUUUAGUAGCAUGUCUAAAGGUGAUAUCUACUACAAGAUUCCACGGAAUACAAUUACACGCAUACAUACAUACAUCUUAUACCGAGUCAGACAUUAA